GAUACACACUCAGCUCUCACUCUCUCUCUCUCUAAAAAAGCACAACUCUCUCUCUCUCUCUCACACUCAUACAUAUAUAAUGGAAGUGCCGGAGAUAUAUAUGGGAGGCUACUUUGGCGGCGCCGGAGGAGCUGGCCAGUACUCGCCGGAGAAGCAGAGGACUACCGAGAACUUCACCGUCGACGACCUUUUGGACUUUUCGAACGAAGACGCUGUCAUGGCCGACGGUUUCUUAGACAAUGUGACCGCCAAUUCCACCGACUCCUCCACCGUUACCGCCGUCGACAGCUGCAAUUCCGGCUCCGGACCUCUUUUCUCCGCCUGCAUUGGCUCCCGCAGCUUCGCUGACUCUCAGUUCUCCGGCGAACUCUGCGUUCCGUACGACGACUUGGCUGAGCUGGAAUGGCUAUCAAAUUUUGUGGAGGACUCGUUCUCGGCCCAACAAGACUUUCAGGCCUUGCAAUAUCUCAAUGGGCCCACCACCACCACAACCACAGCCACAACCGUUUCAAAAACGCAAGCCUCCGAAUCGUCAUCCUCAUCCGAAACGCUUCUCCCAUCACGAAACGCACCGUUUUUCAAGCCCGAAACGCCUCUCCCAGGCAAGGCACGUAGCAAGCGCUCACGCGCCGCUCCCUGCGACUGGUCCACGCGCCUCCUCCACCUCGCAACAACUCCAGAAGACCAAAAACAACAGCAACAGCAACCGAUACUGACGACGAAAACGACGACGUCGAAGAAAAAAGAGUCCAUUAUCAUGGACUCUACCACUUCCUCCUCCUCCUCUUCUUCGGGGAGGAAGUGUCUCCACUGUGGCUCCGAAAAGACGCCGCAGUGGAGGACUGGGCCUAUGGGCCCAAAGACGCUUUGCAACGCUUGCGGAGUUCGGUUCAAGUCGGGUCGGCUCGUGCCAGAGUACCGACCCGCUGCGAGCCCGACUUUUGUGUCCGCGAAGCAUUCUAAUUCGCACAGGAAGGUUUUGGAGCUGAGGCGGCAGAAGGAGAUGCAAAGAGCUCAGCAUCAACAGUUUCUUAGUCAAGCUUCGAUUUUCGGUGUAGCUAACGGUGGCGGUGGUGGCGGUGAUGAGUACUUGAUUCAUCACCACCAUCAUCAUCAACGUAGUGGGCCUGACUUUCGGCAUUUGCUUUAGUCGGUGCUAGUGUUGACUUGUUUUUUUUUUUUCUUUUUCUUUUUUUACUUGUGCUAAUUUUUGUUACUUUUGAAUUUGUAGGCUCUUUUAAUUCUAUUUUUUUGGUUAAGCAAAGAAAGAAAAAAAAUUAAGGGAAAAUGAGGUUGUUUUUGUUUUUGUUAUUAGACUCAAAAAUGUACUUUUGAUUUGGCUUAAUUGGCCAAAUUUGGCAAAUUUAGAAUCAAGCAAUUUUUCUCUAAGAGAUGUUUGCUUUGUUGGAACUUAUAUUUUGGGAGCUUAAU